AUGACAGAUAGUGAAAAAGAAGAUAACAAGAUGAUGAGUGAAGAAGAACAUAUAGAUGAAAAGGAGGAAGAAGAGGAAGAGGAGAGUCAUGAUGAUCACGACCACGAUGAAGAUGAUGAAGGUGACGAAGAAAAGGGUGAUUCAAAGAGUGGUGCUGCUGGUGCAGUGUCUGCAGAUGGCAAAGAAGAGAAAGCAAAACGUAGUAAAUCAAGUCACAAGAAACCAUCGACACAAUUACCAAUAGCAAGAAUCAAAAGAAUUAUGAAAAAUGAUAAAGAUGUUAAAUUGAUUUCAUCAGAUGCUUCAUUAUUGAUUACAAAAGCAACUGAAUUAUUCCUUGAACAUUUAGUUCAAGAAGCUUAUAAUGCAACAUUAAGAGAUAAAAGAAGAAUUUUAUCUUAUAAAGAUUUGUCAACAACUGUUAAAGAUAAUGAUAGAUUAGAAUUUCUUUCAGAUAUUAUACCUCAAAAAUUAACUUUAUAA